AUGGAGGGUAAGAUUGAGACCCGAGUCAUCGACGGAAAGGCCGUCUCAGCGGAAGUCCGAGCCGAGGUGAAGGCCCUGACCGAGCAGCUGAAGCAGGAACAUGCUGUGGUGCCGGGCCUCGCCAUGAUCCUGGUCGGCGAGAGACCAGACUCCAAGAGCUAUGUGGCAAACAAGACGAAAGCGGCGAAGGAGGUGGAUUUUCAUGUCGUGGACGUCCACCUCGCCGAGACCGUCACCCAGGAGGAGCUCCUGGCCGAGUUGAAGAAACUAAACGACGACCCCAAGGUACAUGGCAUCCUGGUGCAGCUGCCACUGCCAGAGCACAUCAACGAAGGAACAGUCCUGAAGCACAUCCGGGUAGACAAGGAUGCUGACUGCUUCGCGGCCGAGAAUGUCGGAAACCUUUGUCUAAAAGGUGGAGACCCACCCUUGGCUGUACCCUGCACGCCUGCGGGCUGCGUUGAGCUUCUGCAGCGCAGUCGUGUCGACGUGUGUGGCAAGUCGGUGGUCAUUCUUGGCAGGUCGAAUCUUGUUGGUAUGCCCAUGGCGCAGCUGCUCCUCUCCAUGGAUGCCACCGUCACUAUCUGCCACUCCAAGUCCCAGGAUGUUGCACAACACCUGCGAGGUGCAGACAUCGUCGUCGCUGCCAUCGGCCAGGCACAGUUUGUGCGCGGAGAGUGGUUGAAACCGGGCUGCGUCGUCAUCGACGUCGGCAUCAACUCAGUGGAUGAUGCCACGAAGAAGUCGGGUUAUCGCUUGGUUGGUGACGUGAACUCCCCAGAAGUUUUGGGAGUCGCCUCCCUGGUGACUCCAGUACCAGGGGGCGUCGGUCCCAUGACCAUUGCCAUGCUCCUGAAGAAUGUUUUGAACCUGGCACGCCAAAGUGCUGGCCUUCCUCGCGUGCCCCUGCGACGAGAGGCGGGUGGUUGGCGCGAAGCCCAGGGAGGCUCGGAGUUCUUGCGGCUGAGUCUUGGAUCCAAGAAGUGCAAGCCGGAAGCUGACUCCUCCUCUCCUUUCGCUUUCGGCACCCUUGCCCGGGCCAUGGCUGGGCGGUCCUUCCCGGUCUUGGCGGCCUGUGCGUCGGGCGUGGCCAUCGGUUUGGGGCUGCGACGAUUGUUGGUCCGUGAGAACCAGGCAGAACAGCCUCAGAAGGAGGAGACGAAUGUGAAGAAGGUUGAAACGAAGAACAUCGACGGUAAAGCCAUUGCGGCGCAGGUCCGUGCUGAAGUCAAAGAGUACGCAGCUCAGCUCAAAGCUGAGUGCGGUGUGACUCCUGGCCUAGCCGUCGUCUUGGUCGGCUCCCGAAAGGACUCACAGUCCUAUGUGCGCAACAAGAAGAAGGCUGCUGACGAGGUUGGCUUCCACACAGUGGACGUAACGCUUCCGGAGACUGUCACCCAAGAGGAUCUACUGCUCGAGGUGCAGAAGUUGAAUGACGAUCCGAAGGUGCACGCGAUCUUGGUGCAACUGCCCUUGCCCUCUCAUAUCGAUGAAGCGCUCAUUCUGAGCAAAAUCCGUGUUGACAAGGAUGCGGACGGCUUCUCUGCCGAGAACGUUGGCAACCUUUGCUUGCGGGGCGGGGCACCUCCUCUGGCG